AUGCAAUUCAGUUCGACGUCAAGGAAAUUCGAUCAGCUCGCAAUUUUCAUUCUAUUCCUCCUCCUCAUCAUCAUUCUAUAUUUGAAUUCUCUGAAUAUCUGCCGAACGAUCACAUUAAUUCCAACAGAAUUGUAUUCUCAAGAUCCCAACGAUUUUAUAGUUGGAUUUGAAGCCUUUAAAUAUUUUCCGAGGACUCAUGUCCAGAAGCUAUCAGAGGGAAUUGUCCAUUCAAGUGGAACUCAGAAUCUUCCCAAUAACGGCUCAUUGUUCUGUUUCGUCGAAACUGCCAUCAACAAUUACAACCAUCGGGUGCCUGCAAUUUGGGCCACGUGGCUUCCGAGAUGUCCGAACGGAAGAUUUUUCACACCGACCGAGCUUCGCAAUAAAUCAAUACCGUAUUCGACAGUGUUCCGCAAUUUCGACGACUCCUACGAGGAUUUGUUUCGAAAAACAUUGUUCGCCUUUUAUUACACCUACACACAAAUUUCGAGCGAUUUUGAUUGGUAUUUAAAGGCCGAUGACAACACCUAUGUGAUCGUUGAACGCCUUCAGAAAUUCUUGAUGAAAUUCGAUCGCGACGAGCCGCAUUUUCUCGGGUUCCGAAUGAAGCCGUUUUUGAAGCAUGGUUAUAAUGCAGGCGGCGCUGGCUAUGUUUUGUCGAAUCGCGCCGUGAAAAUGUUCGUUGAGAAACUCUAUAACGACACGACGAAUUGCCCGUUCGAUUGCGCUGAAGAUCGCGGCAUUUCGAGAUGUCUAGCGUCGAUCGGAAUUUAUCCAGGGGACACUCGAGAUGAUAACGGAAUGGAACGAUUCAACACCUUCAUGCCAUUCAAGUUGGACGAGAACGACGAGGCCAUGGAUUAUUUCUAUUACAAUCAUACGAGCAACUUCUGGCUUUCAAACGAUUGGAUCAGCCUCCAUCAGCUCUCGCCCGACUCGAUUCGCCUCGUCGAUGAGAUGAUUCGUCGAAAUAUGACAGACCAGUGA